GUUAGUCAGUUUUUUAUUCUUGGCCAGCAUGGAGCGUCGUUGCGGUUGCCCGUUUGUCGUUUAGAGAGAGGCAAGACUAGCUGGGAGAGACUCUCCACCAGACUUUUAUGUUUAUGGUUGUUCUUUUUGGUGUUGUCUGUGUCGUUGUCGCAAUCGCAGCCGUUUUUAGACCCGCGUCACAUUCGUUGUCAAUUUUGGGCUCCCAUUGUUGUUGGUUUAGAUUUGUGAGUCGGCGAGUGUGCGUGCAUUGCUCAAAGCGAACGGCGAUCGCUUCUCAUAUUUGUUUACUUAAUUAUCGAGCUGAUCAGGCUGUGACGUCAGGUCGCCGAACGAAUUGACCAAAAAUCCAACAAGCAUGGAUCAGUCGGCCAUGGUUUCGCCUUGGAUCACUCUUUUCGUUAUAUGGCUCUCCGUGGGCGUAAAAUCUGUGGAGAUUGCCAAUAUAAGCCAUCCCUGUGCCUACGCCCACACGGUCAACAUUACGGAUGGGUUGCGGAUGAAGGAUGGCUCCUACUCAUAUGCUGGAGUAGUGGUCCCGCCGCAUCUGACUGCGGAGUACUCCUUCAAGGUGAUCGAUGGAGUGGAGUACCGGGCCAAGAAGCAUCUACGCGGUUGCGUCUGCCUGCUGAAGCCCUGCAUCAGUUUCUGUUGUCCGGAGAACCUCGUCUUUGAUGCCAAGCACUGGAACUGCACAAAGCCACACCAAGUCCGGGAGUCCACUCACGUGGAGCUCACCUACGCGAAUAGGUCGGUGGAACAAGUACGUAUUCGCGAUCGGUUUGUGGUGCGCACAGAGCUGGGUUGCCGAAACAAAUUCGUAGACAAGAAGCACGAGAACUUCUGGCAAUGGGACCUCCUCGAGAAUGGAACGCUGCAGCGGGACAAUCGCCUGUGGUCGACGGAUGAGUAUUGCUUUAGCCCGUUGGAGCACAAGCCUGAGCAAUGGGAGCUCACUCCGCUCAACUGCGAACGCUUUCAAACGGGCUACCGGGUUUGGAUUUACGCUAUUUGCAGUAUUAUUGCCAUCAUCAUAAACAUUUUCAUACUCUCUCUCCUUUGCUCUGUGAGAGAUGCCCGGAAAAGCCACUAUGGCCAGCUAAUCAUCUACUACCUGCUUUCCAUGAUCGUUGGGUACUCCCUGUUGGUCUACUUGGCCUUGAAGAAUCCCAUGAAGCUCACGCAUGUGGCUUGCAGAAAUAUAGGAUUUCUGGCCUACUUCUGCAUCAUGCUCUCCUUCGUCUUUCUGGCCAUUUGCAGUCUUGACUUCCUGCUCAAAUUUAAACAAAUGUCUGUUAAGAACUCGGUGCGUCAAUUGGGUCUUGCUCUGGCAGUCGUGGCGGUGAUUGGUCUUCGUUUCUUGGUGUCCUUAGCCCAGGACUCCAAGCUGCCCAAGCACUUCAAGCCAGGCAUGGGAGAAGAUUACUGCUGGUUCGAUGUUCGCACCUGGGGCAUUUUGAUCUACUACUACGGACCUAUUGCACUCCUCCUGAUAUUCACCAUUGUAUGCUGUCUCAAGGCCUACUUUUCCAUUUACGAAUUGCCACCAGAUACUCAGUACAUUACAGUACCCAGCACUCAACUAAAAAUCGUCAAGACCCAUUUCUAUGCAUUUAGCGCGUAUAUAGUGGGCGUGUUUGCCGUUUGGAUCCGGGAAAUUGUCGUAUAUAUAAUGGCCAGAGUGAGAGAGCAUUUCUUCAUCAUAGACUUCUGGAGUGGAAUUUGCAUUCUGGGCCUGGCCAUAGCUGGAUUUAUUCUGCUUCUCGGCAAGAAUUUGUACGUCAAAUCCUGGUGGGCCAUUAAUGUGGAAUCAAGUCAGACAGAUCUGAGUAUUAUUAAUGGUCGUGUAUACAAGUUCGAUGAGAAAGGCGAUCUAAAAUCUUCAGAUUCUCCCUAUAAGCCGACAGUGACGUCCCUUUGAAAGGAACUGAGAUUAUUGCUUAUCUGUGAACUCUGGUAUUCAUAUAGCUUAUGAAUCAUUACUUCUGUCGCGCACGGAAAAGUAUAAAUAUAACAAGUGCCUCAGUACUCUAGCCCUAAGAAAUAAACUUAUGACGAUGAUAUAAAUCAUUAAGUAGAACCCCACUUCCAGGUACUUUUCAUAUUUACAAAGUGCCAAAAUAUAUACAUAUUAAAAUUCA